GACGUUCACAGGCAGCGUGAUAGGAUUGAUUGUCGCGAGAUUGUGCGAGGGUAUAGGUUCAGUAAACAUGGCGACGUCUAAUUUGCUCAAGAACAAAGGCUCCCUCCAAUUUGAAGACAAGUGGGACUUGAUGCGCCCAAUCGUCCUGAAGUUGCUCCGACAGGAGUGCGUCACCAAACAACAGUGGUUUGACCUUUUCUCAGACGUCCAUGCAGUAUGUCUUUGGGACGACAAGGGUCCAGCCAAGAUCCACCAAGCCCUGAAAGAGGACAUUUUAGAUUUCAUCAAGCAGGCACAAGCGCGAGUGCUGAGCCACCAGGACGACACGGCCCUGCUCAAGGCCUACAUCGUGGAGUGGAGGAAGUUCUUCACCCAGUGCGACAUCCUGCCCAAGCCCUUCUGCCAGCUGGAGAUCACCCUGAUGGGGAAGCAGGGGAGCAACAAGAAGUCCAACGUGGAGGACAGCAUUGUCAGGAAGCUCAUGCUGGACACCUGGAACGAGUCGAUCUUCUCCAACAUCAAGAACAGGCUGCAGGACAGCGCCAUGAAGCUGGUCCACGCCGAGAGGCUUGGGGAGGCCUUCGACUCCCAGCUGGUCAUAGGGGUCAGAGAAUCCUACGUGAAUCUGUGCUCUAACCCGGAUGACAAGCUGCAGAUCUACAGGGACAACUUUGAGAAGGCCUACCUGGACUCCACUGAGAGGUUCUACAGAACACAGGCCCCCUCCUACCUCCAGCAGAACGGAGUCCAGAACUAUAUGAAAUACGCAGACGCCAAGUUGCGAGAGGAGGAGAAGCGGGCGCUGCGGUACCUGGAGACGAGGCGAGAGUGCAGCUCCGUGCAGGCGCUCAUGGAGUGCUGCGUGAACGCUCUGGUGACGUCGUUCAAGGAGACCAUCUUGGCAGAGUGUCCAGGCAUGAUCAAACGAAACGAGACAGAGAGUGAGUACGGCCGGAGCACUCCAGCCAAAGGCACAGCCAGCUCAGAGCUGCAUCUGAUGUUCUCGCUCAUGGACAAGGUUCCCAACGGGAUCGAGCCCAUGCUGAAGGAUCUGGAGGAUCACAUCAUGAACGCCGGCCUGGCGGACAUGGUGGCGUCCGCGGAAACCAUCACCACGGACUCUGAGAAAUACGUUGAGCAGCUCCUCACUUUGUUCAACCGCUUCAGUAAACUGGUGAAAGAGGCUUUCCAGGACGACCCCCGCUUCCUAACAGCCAGGGACAAGGCUUACAAAGCGGUUGUGAACGACGCCACCAUUUUUAAACUUGAACUGCCGUUGAAGCAAAAAGGUGUGGGUCUGAAGACCCAGCCUGAGUCUAAAUGUCCAGAGCUUCUGGCAAACUACUGUGACAUGCUCCUGAGGAAAACCCCUCUGAGCAAGAAGCUCACCUCCGAGGAGAUCGAGGCCAAACUGAAGGAAGUUCUGCUGGUUCUGAAGUACGUCCAAAACAAAGACGUCUUCAUGCGCUACCACAAAGCCCACCUGACCAGACGCCUCAUCUUGGACAUCUCAGCUGACAACGAGAUCGAAGAGAACAUGGUGGAGUGGCUCAGGGAAGUCGGGAUGCCUGCAGACUACGUAAACAAGCUGGCAAGGAUGUUCCAGGACAUCAAAGUGUCGGAAGAUCUCAACCAGUCUUUCAAAGAGAUGCACAAACACAACAAAUUGGCGUUGCCAGCCGACUCGGUGAACAUAAAGAUCCUCAACGCCGGGGCGUGGUCCCGGAGUUCGGAGAAAGUGUUCGUCUCGUUGCCCACGGAGCUGGAGGACCUGAUCCCGGAGGUGGAGGACUUCUACAAGAAGAACCACAGUGGACGCAAGCUACACUGGCACCACCUCAUGUCCAACGGCAUCAUCACCUUCAAGAACGAGGUGGGGCAGUACGACCUAGAGGUCACGACCUUUCAGCUGGCCGUGCUGUUCGCCUGGAACCAGCGGCCCCGGGAGAGGAUCAGCUUCGAGAACCUGAAACUGGCCACGGAGCUUCCUGACGCUGAGCUGAGGCGCACACUCUGGUCCUUAGUGGCGUUUCCUAAACUGAAAAGACAGGUGCUAUCGUACGACCCCGUCGUGGGGUCACCCAAAGACUUCUCAGAGGGCACGCUAUUCUACGUCAACCAGGAGUUCUCACUCAUAAAAAACUCCAAGGUCCAGAAGAGAGGGAAGAUCAACCUGAUUGGCCGACUCCAGCUCACCACUGAGCGAAUGAGAGAGGAGGAGAACGAGGGAAUUGUCCAGCUCAGGAUAUUAAGAACUCAGGAGGCCAUCAUCCAGAUCAUGAAGAUGAGGAAGCGCAUCAGCAACGCCCAGCUUCAGACGGAGCUGGUGGAGAUCUUGAAGAACAUGUUCCUGCCCCAGAAGAAGAUGAUCAAGGAGCAGAUGGAGUGGCUCAUCGAGCACAAGUACAUCAAGAGGGACGAGAUGGACAUCAACACCUUCCUCUACAUGGCAUAGCGAAGCACUCUGGGUUGUUGCUCGCGGCGACAGCGGUCAGCCUGGGUGGGAGGGGGAGGGGGGAGGGCUCAUGCCUGACGGACAAUUUAAACAUGACCAGGCCCCGCCCCCCCCCCCCCGCACCCCUCCUCACCCUCCUCCCUUUUCUCGUGUAGGGAUAAACCCUUGAAUUAUUGACUGAGAAUUGCAGGCUUAUUUUUAAAAAAAACGAAAACGAACAACAACGAAACUAACUGGUAACUGGGAAUCCUUGCCUUACAAUUGAACAAAAGAGAGAAGUGGGUUUAAGCAGCGUUUUCCAGUUGUUCUGGGUAGAAGACAGGAUGUGGCCUCCAUCUGUUGCCAUGACGUCCUCCCCGCGCCCCGGCCCCCCCCACCCGUCCCCCCGUCCACAGACCCAGAGUUUUUUAUGGAGCUGGGAUCCAUUGUGUCUCUAAAGGCGUGAGGCAAAAGACUGUUGGUUCGUGAUGUGUGGUGUUCCGGGGAAUUCCGUAAAUCCGGAUUCUGAAAGUUCAGAACCAACCGGGUCACAUGACUCAGAACAAACAUCGGCUCCAGAAUAACUAAACAAACAACUGAACCAACAUAGCUAGCAAACUGUGGAAAUUAGAUAAUCCUGCUUUACUGGAUUAAGCCCCCUAUAGUACAGUUAAAUCAGGUCAAGCCAAAUCCAGGCAAGAGGAGACAAGGCCAGUCAUGGUACAGGUGGAAACUUGUGUCCCCCCCCUGCCCCCCCCCUACCUUGCCAGACAUAUUUGUUGUGGUGGAGAUGACGAAAUUCAUAGCACUAAUGACAAUGACUCGUUCCACAUAGGUCAGUAGUGGUCUGGACGCUUUGUGAACACGGUCUUGACAUUGUUACAAACACGGCAACAGGCACACUGACUCGGUGGACAACGUUUUCCAAAAUGGACUGAUCUUAUUUUCCCAGGACUACUUUAAGACGGACACUGAUGGGAAGGCAGGCUGAUGUUGGGCUGUUGUCAAUUUCAGUUUUAAUGUUAUAUUACAAUUUUACAGGACCGAAAAGGAACAAUCAAUUGGUUGGGUGACAUAAAAAUUCCCCCGACUAGUAUGCAGGAGUCCUACAACCAUCCCUACAUGCUCCGUAAUAACCUGUGUAGAGGGUUAAGGUACUGUAGAAGGUGGAGCAUUUUAGCGUUCAGCUUAUACAGAGAGAAUGCAAGAACUCUGUUCCACUGUGUCACAAAUCUAAGGGACAGAGCGAGGUCUGGAUAUGGAGUUUGAAAGUCGAAGGCUCAUUUUUUUGUUAUGAGAGGAUGUUAAGCAGGUGCCCUCCUCCUCACCCUGUCACCAGAGAGGAGCAGGCCCCGCCCUCCUCACCCUGUCACCAGAGAGGAGCAGGGAGUUACCAGGACAGUGAGUAAAGCGGUAACUGCCAUGAGUGUACAAAAAAAAAGAUGUGAAAAUGAGAUUAAAUAAACAGCACC